GGCGCUCGACUACUGGGCGGAUCGAUGUGCUCGGCGCUCGCGGCGGGCGGAAGUGUGGCGCCGGCGGUUGGGCGGCAGCGGCCCGGAGCUACUGGCGAGAACUGCUCGGACCCCUGUCUUUGAGGCUGCAGUCGGCGGCCACAGACCGACGGGAGAUUACUUCUGUAACUGGGUCACCAAUUAGUUGUACAAAACAUAAUGUCUCGAUCUCGACAACCCCCUCUGGUGACAGGCAUUUCUCCAAAUGAAGGAAUACCAUGGACAAAGGUCACCAUUAGAGGAGAAAACCUGGGGACUGGCCCCACUGACCUUAUCGGAUUGACAAUUUGUGGACAUAAUUGCCUUUUGACGGCUGAAUGGAUGUCUGCGAGUAAAAUAGUAUGUCGAGUGGGACAAGCCAAAAACGAUAAAGGGGACAUUAUUGUCACAACCAAAUCGGGUGGCAAAGGAACCUCAACAGUUUCUUUCAAGCUAUUAAAACCUGAAAAAAUAGGCAUUUUGGAUCAGUCUGCUGUGUGGGUCGAUGAAAUGAAUUAUUAUGAUAUGCGUACUGACAGGAAUAAAGGAAUUCCUCCAUUGUCCCUCCGUCCUGCAAAUCCUCUUGGCAUUGAAAUUGAAAAAAGUAAAUUUCCUCAGAAGGACUUAGAAAUGCUGUUCCAUGGAAUGAGUGCUGAUUUUACAAGUGAGAAUUUUUCAGCUGCCUGGUACCUUAUAGAGAACCACUCAACUACCAGCUUUGAACAGCUCAAAACAGCAGUCACCACCCUCAAAAGGCAGGCCAACAAGAAGAGCGAGGGCAGUCUGGCAUAUGUGAAAGGGGGUCUCAGUACAUUCUUUGAAGCACAGGAUGCCCUCUCAGCCAUCCAUCAAAAAUUAGAGGCUGAUGGAACGGAAAAAGUAGAAGGAUCCAUGACGCAGAAACUGGAGAAUGUUCUGAACAGAGCAAGUAAUACUGCGGACACGUUAUUUCAAGAAGUGUUAGGUCGAAAGGACAAGGCAGAUUCUACUAGGAAUGCACUCAAUGUACUUCAGCGAUUUAAGUUUCUCUUCAAUCUUCCUCUGAAUAUUGAAAGGAAUAUUCAAAAGGGUGACUAUGAUGUGGUUAUUAAUGAUUAUGAAAAGGCCAAGUCACUCUUUGGGAAAACGGAGGUGCAAGUUUUCAAGAAAUAUUAUGCUGAAGUAGAAACACGAAUAGAAGCUUUACGAGAAUUACUUCUGGAUAAAUUGCUUGAGACACCAUCAACCUUACAUGACCAAAAACGCUAUAUAAGGUAUCUGUCUGACCUUCAUGCUCCUGGUGACCCUGCCUGGCAAUGCAUUGGAGCCCAGCACAAGUGGAUCCUUCAGCUCAUGCACAACUGCAAGGAAGGCUAUGUGAAAGACCUGAAAGGUAACCCUGGCCUGCACAGUCCCAUGCUGGAUUUUGAUAAUGAUGUGCGACCUUCUGUGUUGGGCCACCUCAGUCAGACAGCAUCACUAAAGAGAGGCAGCAGCUUUCAGUCUGGUCGAGAUGACACAUGGAGAUAUAAAACUCCCUACAGAGUGGCAUUUGUUGAAAAAUUAACCAAGCUUGUUUUAAGUCAGCUGCCUAACUUCUGGAAACUCUGGAUUUCCUAUGUUAAUGGAAGCCUUUUCAGUGAGACUGCCGAGAAGUCAGGCCAAGUUGAAAGAUCAAAGAAUGUAAGGCAAAGACAAAAUGAUUUCAAGAAAAUGAUUCAGGAAGUAAUGCAUUCUCUUGUGAAGUUGAUCCGUGGAGCUUUGCUCCCACUCAGCAUCCGAGAGGGAGAAAUGAGGCAGUAUGGAGGCUGGGAGGUGAAGUCUGAGCUCUCUGGGCAAUGGCUUGCUCAUGUCAUCCAGACCAUAAGGCUUACUUAUGAAUCAUUGACUGCCCUCGAAAUUCCGAAUGAUAUGUUGCAGACUAUCCAGGAUCUUAUUUUGGAUCUCCGUGUACGUUGUGUAAUGGUCACAUUACAACACACAGCAGAAGAAAUAAAGAGAUUAGCUGAAAAGGAGGACUGGAUUGUUGAUAAUGAAGGAUUGACUUCUCUACCAUGUCAGUUUGAACAGUGCAUUGUGCACUCCCUGCAGUCCCUGAAGGUUGUUCUCGAGUGCAAGCCUGGGGAAGCCAGUGUCUUUCAACAACCUAAAACACAGGAGGAGGUUUGCCAGUUAAGCAUCAAUAUCAUGCAGGUUUUUAUAUACUGUUUGGAACAAUUGAGCACCAAGCCUGAUGCUGAUAUAGAUACUACACAUCUUUCUGUAGAUGUUUCUUCUCCUGAUUUGUUUGGAAGUAUUCAUGAAGACUUCAGUUUGACUUCUGAGCAGCGACUUUUGAUUGUCCUGAGUAAUUGCCGCCAUCUAGAACGUCGUACUUUCUUAAAUAUAACAGAACAUUUUGAAAAGCACAACUUCCAGGGAAUAGAAAAAAUAACACAGGUUAGCAUGGCCUCACUGAAAGAACUAGACCAAAGACUCUUUGAAAAUUACAUUGAGCUGAAAGCAGAUCCAAUCGUUGGCUCCUUGGAACCUGGAAUUUAUGCAGGCUAUUUUGACUGGAAAGACUGCCUACCUCCAACAGUUUUGUCUGAAAACCUUUGAAGAGCAUUGGGCCUGCCAAUGUUUGAUCUCCUUGCCUCAAGGCAUUCUCUGAGGAGCCUGUGGAAGUCUCUGAUGCCCCUACACCUGAUGAACAGAGAUAACAUAACUGAGGCAGCCAUGCCAUAUGCCUUUUUGUGCUGGGGGGAUGUCUGGUGAGAUUACUGUAUAUACUCUCAUGUUGGAAAAAGUUGAAAGUUUACAGUGAACAUUGAAAUUUGGAUCAUCAUUUUCAUGUAAGUUUAGCAUUGAAAUUAUCUUAUCUCUUUCUGAUAUCUCCUCUAAACAAAAGCCUUGGUUCAUAUGUGGAAGUUUUUAUUUUCCUAAUCUGUUGUGCUGGAGAGCAGUCUGGUCCACAUAGGUGCCAAUAGUAGCUUCAGAGCUGAUACGUAGCCAAUUAAGACUCUUUAAAUAUGCUCGGCAGAAUAGGGCACCACUGUCCACCGUUAGCCAAAAACUGUUGUACUAAUUUUAAUAUCUCUGCACUUUGCAUUAAAGAUGAGAUUUAAUGAAAAACUUGAGGAUUGACUUAGUGUUUGGAUAAGUGGCAUGCACUGAUAUAGACAAUUCCAGACUGUUACUUUGAACUGGAAAACUAACAAUUGCUGUACUUUCUGAGUUAUUUAUAACAUGCAUCACAACAGAAAGCUGAGGUUCAGAUGAUUUCCAAAUGUUACAUUUGGACUUUCUUACAAAUUUUAAGUCAUUAUCAAAUGUGCCUUGAUUAUUUAGUUCCUGUUUUGCAGAAUCUAAGGAAUUAGAGUAACAGUAGUGAGACUUUUAGACAAAUUGACUAAAAGAAAUCCUGGAAGCCACUUUAUGUUCAGCACACAUAUAUUUACAUGGUGUGUGUGUGUGUGUAUGUUCUCAUUUUUUAUUGAAAAUAGUUACUUAAUUGCAAUCAUUCUUACUAAAUGUUUCCUCCCUUGGACUGUGGUGCCACAUCCCUCCCAGCACACCUGGAGUCUAACUGGCUACAUAUCAGCUCUAAAGCUGCUGUUGGCACUUAGUUAGACCAGGCAGCACUCGGGAGAACCUCACAUCCACAUGUGUUACACAGAUUCUGUGCCUUCAAAGACAGCAAGAGGGCUGGGGAUGUGGCUCAAGCAGUGGCGCGCUCACCUGGCGUUCGAGCAUCCCGGGUUCGAUCCUCGGCACCACAUGCAGGCGGGGAUAUUGUGUCCGCCGAAGACUAAAAAAAAUGAAUAUUGAGGAUUCUCAUUCAUUCUCUCUCUCUCUCUCUCUCUCUCUCUCUCUCUUAAAAAAAAAGGCAGCAAGAGAGAUGACAGGAAUGACAGGGAAUAUUAGAACAGAAGACUGUGGAAAUGAUAAAAAGAUGAAAAGAGAUUUUUUUUCCUAGUAUUGGUUGGUUAUUUUUUAAAACUUUGUUUGCUUUUCUUUGUAUUUCUGGGUGUAGGACAAGGUGGAAGCAAAUAAUAACUCCUAGUUGCUAACUUUGGGCAAGUGAAAAGUAAUUCUGAGGCUGAGCUGGAAAAUGUAUAAUUCAAGUACCCUCCUUUAUACAUUACAAAGUUACAAAUUUGUUUCUGGUGUGUUAUUUUAUAAAAGACAAAAGGAUCAUAGUUUCAUCAAAAAGCAAUGCCAUUCAAAUGCUUUUAUUGGCUAAAACUGAAAAAGAAAAGUUUUAAGAAGGGUUGGUUUAGAGUAAAGCCUCCUCUGAUUAUCAUUCUCUUUUAAGGUUUUUUUUUGGUUUUGUUUUUUUUAAACAUAUGCAGGUCUGGUCAUUGGCUCCCUUUAAAACAUUUUUAAGGGCUCAUUUCCCUCACUUGAUCCCCAUAUCCCGCUCUAUCCUUCCUAUCCCACACGCCUCUGCUGGGAGGUUCCUGUGUGCCUAAACCAGGUUUUCUGUCCAAUGUGGACUCUUCCCUGGCUGUCCUUCAUCCCUGGAGUUUCGUCUCCAGAGGUGAGUUUUGUCUCCAUGGAUGAGUUCCCUGAGAGCUGUUGAGGAGUAGGACUUCACCACCACUCUACCUACAGCCACUAGUAAACCAUCAGAUGACUACCAGGAGCUCAAAUCCUAUGCUCAGGGAGUGAAGAAGACACAGAGAUUUACUCAUUUUUAUAAAUAUUGAGCAUGUGAGAGAAUUUGUUAAGAAUGCUAAACCACAGAGCAUUAUUUUCAGAAUGCCAUCACCAUCUGUCUCUUCCAACACCAAUAUAGAACCUCAAAGAUAGGAGGCAUUCAAUAAAUAUUUACUGGACUCCAACUUUCUUUUUUCCUUCUCUGAAUAAGAAGCAAAAAUCAACCCCCAAAUACUUUGAAUACAGCUUAAUAGUUGUCCUUUUUGAUUACUAUUUAUUUUGAACAUCAAUGUGGAAAACUUCUGAGUAUCUUAAAAAUAAUAUCUUCAGCAUUUCCUGGAAGUCCACAAUAAAUGGGAAACAUACAGGCCUGAAUGGGGAUGAGAGAUGUAACAUGCCUCAUUUUAUAGUUGAGAAAACUGAGGUCCAGAUGAAAUUUUACUUAAGACCAUGGACGAGUAUUGAAUUCUUUCUCUCUCUGCUUUCUAAUCACUUUCAAAAAAAAAUCAUUUAUCCACAAGCUAAUUAACAUGCCUAGCCCGUAUAAACAGUCCAAAAAUAGUAUAGCUGGAAUAAAAACUGAGUUUGUGACUAUUUUUUUUUAAGUAUUUGGAGCAAGAGACACCAGUGAACCAGUUUAUUUAUAUCUGAGAAAAUUAAAGACAAUGCUAAUAAAAUCUUGAUACGGUAGAGAAUAUUUACUUGGGAUAUGAAUUAUUUUUUGGAUCAAUUUACUUCUAUUUCUUGAUAGUAUCUCACACUAAUAAUCAAAAUGUUUGAAUGACAACCAAAGUAAAUUCAUAAAUAUGAUAUACUUAAAAACUCAUUUUUCUUUUUUGAAAUUACUGUCAUUUUUGGCUGCAAAUGGUGUGACAACCCAUGAUUACAGUAACAAGGGCUUUAAGAAUUAUAUGUAGACUACAUAUCACUUUUAGCAAAUUUGUGUAUUGAAGAACUUUAAUAAUAGGUUUUAUGCAGUCACAGAAAGCCACCUUCAUAGACUUUAAAUAUGAUGGGUAUGAAAGAAGUUUAUAUUCUUGCACUCUAUGGUUGGGUUGUAUUAGUGAAAAGAAAAAUUCGUGUGUAUACUUGGUAUUUUUUUAACCUUCUUUUUUUUGGUUUCUACAGUAGCUUUCUUUUUAAUAUUCUGCUGGGGCCUGCAGUCCUUCCUGCUGUAAUCCCCGCUAGGAACAUGCUAUAUGCACUAAAGAUCAGCAUGCAUGUUUGCAGUAACCCAGUUCCAUUCUAGUAGCUUUCCUAAGAGAAUUGGUAUUUAUGUCUACCAAAAGACAUGAACAACUAUAUUCAUAGCAGCCCCAUUUGAAAUAGCUAAAAAUUGCAAACAAAUUUUAUGACAGAUAAAUGUACAGUACAGUACAAUUUCAUACAAGAAUGAGAAUGACCCAAAUCCUCCACAUGCAACAACUUCAUUGUUCUCACAGGCAUUGAGAGGAAGACGCCAGCUAACAAAUAAAUAAGACUCUCUGUUUCUGUACCAUUUUCAGUAUUUCAUUUGUAUAAAAACAAGCACAACUGAUCUUGGGAGAUAGAGGAUAAAUAGUGUUUACCUCUUGGAGAGGGAAGGAGGACAUCAGAGUUUGCUGGAAAUAAAUAACUAUAUCUUGAUGUGUGUAUGUGUGGGUACAUAUAAAAAUGUAAAAAAAAAUCAAGUUCUACACUUAAGAGUUAUAUAGUUCACUAAAUAAAUGUAAGUUAUAUUUAAUUUUAAGGUGAAGGAAGCACUCAUAUCUAGAAACUUAAAGAUCCUGACUGCUGAGUGAUCAUGGUUUAAAAUUCAGCCGAUUAUGUACCUCUUCCAAAUAUAUCUGCAUUUCUUUGUGUAGUAGUUUCUCUGCUAUGAAAGCUGUUAAAUCCAAUUAUCAAAAUAAAAUGAACUUAGAAUCAGACCUUCAUUUUAAUUUUAAUUCUAAAAUACAUUUUUGUACUGGUAAAUGUAAAACUCUACUAUAAGUAAUGGUAGAUUACAUUACUGUUCACCAAAGCCCCCUUCUUUUUCUCUUAGGGAAAGGGUUUUCCUACCUUACCCACUGAAGUCAGAGCUAGGCCUGUGGAGUAGCCAGAUGAUCUCCAGCCAGAGCCUAGAGGACUAGCUAGCUCAGAGUAUUGUUCACAUUUUCCCCUACUUCUGUGGUCACAGAAGGUAUAUUGUGGUGGAGCCUCCAUAAGCCUAGACCCAAGUGAUAUCAGUUAUCAAGACCUCUAUGACCUCUGAAUUCUAUUUUCUUAUCAUCACAUUAGCAAGAAGUACAUUGGCUGUUGUUUUAAGCAUCUGAUAUUUUGGGGUAUUCUUCAACUUUGGCAUA